AUGUCCGCAAGCCCCUCCACCCCGCCCAGCGAACCCACGCUGCAAAAAGCAACCAUCGACGACAUCCCUACAAUCAAAGCCAUGGUCGACAACGCAUACUCAAUCUACAUCGAGAGAAUGGGAAAAAAGCCAGCGCCGAUGUCCGAAGACUGGGAACGAAUUCUCCAAACACACGAUGUGCUCAUUCUCAAAGAAAGCGACCUAAUCGUCGGUUCUAUCACAUUCCACAUCGAACAUGAUUUACACGCCCUCAAAAUCGACAACGUAGUUGUAAACCCCGCGACACAAGGCCGUGGCUAUGGUCGGUUUCUCAUCAGGCAUGCGGAGAUGGAGGCUCGGCAACGGGGGAUUCCUAAUGUUACGCUGUAUACGAAUGCGAAGAUGGUUGAAAAUAUUGGGAUGUAUAAGAAACUGGGCUUUGAGGAGACAGGGACGAUAGUCGAAGAUGGGUUUGAGCGUGUGUACUUUCACAGGUGUAUUGAGUGA